AUGGAGUCGAAUACAACCUUUUGGAUCAUCAUGAUCGUUAUGAUCUUAACGCCGUUAGAAUCCAAAUGUGUACCGAUCAGAGAUUCUUUCGUCGCGAGAUCUCUACUUUCUGUGUCUCCUCCUUGCGAAUCAGAGUCCCUAUCUCCAGCACCGGCGCCGGCACCAGAAGUUACGGAACCGAUCAAUACACCGGCGAAUCCUCCGUCGGAUAUAGACUCUCCUGCAUCGUCACCAGAUACUCCCGCCGAUUCAAUUUUACCGGCGGAUUCUGCGUCGGAUAUAGAAUUAUCAGACUCUCCAUCGUCGUCACCAGAAGCUCCCGCCGAUUCAAUUCCUCCGGCUAAUUCUCCGUCGGAGAUCUCCCCCGCAUCGUCACCAGAGACUCCUGCCGGUUCAAUUUCUCCGUCGGAGUCAGAUUUAGACUCUCCCGCAUCAUCACCAGAUUCUCCCGCCGGUUCAAUUCCCCCAACGAAUCCACCGUCUCAGGAAAACCCCAUGGCUCCAUCAGGAAAAACACUCAUGAAUUCGCCAAAAAAUCUUUUGAAUCCGCCAUUGUUAUCUCCCGAGAUCAAAACAAUUUGCGGCAAAACAGAUAACCCUCCGUUAUGCGAAUCUUCCGUUACUCCUCUGUUAACGCCUGAUUUCAAACCAGACACUUCCUCCGUUCUAAUUCUCUUGAUUCAAGCUUCGAUCAACGCGACUAAGGCGGCGAAGGUCACCGUCGAUAAAGCAGCCGCCGCAGAUUGUCAGGAGCUUUACGAUGAUGCCGUCACGAAUUUGGAAGACGUGAUUAGCGCCGUUAAGUCACGUGACUAUCCCACUGUGAAUACUAACUUAAGCGCGGCGAUGACGGAUUACGGCACGUGUAACGACGGGUUUGAGGAAUCCGGUGAGCCUAACCCGUUGGCUGACGUGAGCGAGAAGCUAACGAAGAUGGUUAGUAACUGUCUUGCACUCUCGACGUUGCUCAAGUGA